UCAGGGCUCCAUAUGAGCUUCAUGGAGGCGCGGGCGAGACGUCACUCGGUGCUUCCCGGUGCGAGCUAACAUGAGCGGGGAUGCUCCACACACUCGCCACCAGCAAGCCCUCCACCAUGGGGGCAGAGAGCGACAGUAUGCUGCAGCUCGCCGCGGAGGCUUUCCGGGCCAAAAACUUCGACCUGGCGGCGGAUAUUUACGAGUGCCAGCUAGCGGCUUCGGGGGACGGGGAGUGCCGUCAGAAGUUGAUGGUGAAGCGGGCUGACGCGCUCGCCUUCGGGGGGAAAUUCUCCGAAGCUUUCGAGGUGUACCGACAAGCCGCGGAGAUCGAGAGACUGCGACCCGUACACCUGCUCAACCUCAUCGAGUACCUCACCUCCAUCGCCAAGCCGGACAGCGGGGACACUCACGGCGGCACCCCGGGCGAGGGUGCGAAAACCGGGACACCGACAGCGGGUAGCCCCGGUGUCGGAGCCACAGGUCGCGCCGACGCAGACUUCUCCUGCCGGAUAUGUCUGAGCUCUCUGUUCGAGCCCGUGACUCUUCCGUGCGGACACUGCUUCUGUAAGAAGUGUCUGGAGAGGGACAGGAAAGAGGUGGUCUGCAAGGAGUGCCGGCACACCUCCAAAGUGGCCGUGCACACUUUCAGGGUCAACGUGGUCCUCAGCAACCUGCUGGCUAAGUGGUUCCCCGGGGUGCACCGGGCCGCCCGGCUGCGGCGGGAGGGCAACGGCCUGUACGCCGAGAAGAAGAUGGAAGCAGCUCUGGAGAAAUACAACCAAGCCAUCCUCAUAGCACCCACAGACCACAUACUGUUCAGUAACCGCUCCCAGAUCCACUCCAGUCUGAAACACUUGGACGAGGCUCUGAGGGACGCCGAGAUGGCCUGCAGGCUCAUGCCUCUGUGGUCCAAGGGUCACGUUCGGAGGGCUCAGGCUUUGGUGUCCCUCGGAAGAACCGAGGAAGCCCUGAGAGAGUACCUGCUAUGUCUGUCCAUAGAGCCCGACUGCAGACUGGCGAGGAAUGAGGCCAACAAGCUCCUCAGUGACCUCCUGGCCCCAGUGACCGACCAGGUCCCUGAACACAUCUCCGACUUCCCUAACUUCCUGCCCUCUAGAGGUCGCAUCAAGAAUAGCAUCAACACGCCCUCCCAGAUCCCAGCCACGUUCUUAUCGGGUUCCGCAGCCGCUCCCCCCGCUCCCGCAGCCAGGGGGUCCAACAGAAGCGAGGUAAAAGAUCAGGGGAAACCCGAGGACAGGAAGCUUUAUCAGUGUCUCCUCAAACGGAAGCGGAGCAGCAUCAAGGAGGAGGAGGAGGAGGAGGAGGAGCAUCAAAAAAGACCCAAGUGUGAGCCAGCAGAGGUGAAGGACCUUCUGGACCCAGCAGAUCUGGAAUGUUCUCUCUGCAUGAGAUUGCUCUACGAGCCGGUGACCACGCCCUGCGGUCACACCUUCUGUCUCCAGUGUCUCAAGAGAUGUCUGGACCACAACCCAAAAUGUCCCCUUUGCAAAGAAGAGCUGUCCGAGUACCUGGUCCAAAGGCAGUACUGCAAGACGGCAUUGAUGGAGAACCUGAUAGCAAAGUAUCUUCCAUCUGAGCUCAUGGAAAGACAGAAAGUCCACCAGGAGGAGAUGGCUGAGCUUUCCAACCUCAACAAGAGCGUGCCUAUAUUCGUGUGCACCAUGGCCUUCCCCACCGUCCCGUGUCCUCUGCAUAUCUUCGAGCCCUGCUACAGACUGAUGAUUCGGCGAUGCAUGGAGACGGGAACCAACAGCUUCGGAAUGUGUCUGGGGGAUGAACUGAAAGGGUUUGCAGAUUACGGGUGCCUGUUGGAGAUCCGUGACGUGAAGUUCUUCACCGAUGGCAGCUCGGUCGUGGACACCAUCGGCAGGCGGAGGUUCAAAGUCAUUCAACACCGUGAGCGGGAUGGGUACAACACGGCGGAUAUUGAGUACUUGGAAGACGUGAAGGUGGAAGGCCUGGCGAGGGGGGAGCUGCAGUCUUUGCAUGACGCGGUCUACGAGCAGGCGCUGGCGUGGGUCAACUCCCUGAAGGCUGAGCAAAAGGAACGUAUCGAAGGGCACUUUGGACCCAUCCCCGAGAAAGACUCUGAGCUUCAGGCCAGUCCCAACGGUCCCUCCUGGUGUUGGUGGUUACUUGCUGUUCUUCCCCUGGAAGGCCGAGCCCAGCUGCCAUUCCUGGCCAUCACAUCUCUGAAGGACCGCCUGAGCGGAAUACGCAAGGUUCUGCUCUUCAUGGCCCACAGCAGACAUCGGGGGCACCCUGUGGGCCAGCGGUCCUAACAAAUGGACCCCCCACCCCACAUUUAUCCGUUCAACUUCCAUUCAUCCUCAUGCUUCUCACACCAGCCGGAAAGCACAUCUGGAUGAAGAUGAAUUGGAAUCACGCUAAUGUGCACACGCUAACGCCGCCACCUGACAACGUGGACUUCUUGGUUUUUAUGUUGCCGCUCUCAGCUCUUCCUUUUGCAUCGUUCCCAGAUGAAGCACCGAAAUAGAAUCUUUUUCUUGAGGGUGAGCUUUAAAGAAAGUCCAACGUUUUUCCAACUUUUUUCACACGAGAGACCAAACUUUGACUUUUUGCACUCGCUGCAGUUCAGUGAAUGAAGUUAUUAAACUGCACACGGGAGCAGAUGUUGUUGCUUUUAACUUCACAUUUGUCUUCUUUGCUGUUUUUUAUGUUUGGCGUUUUGCAUUUUCUUCAUUAUUUAUUAUUUUUUGGAUUAUUUAUGCAUGCAGUGACAUUGUUUACAUUUGUUUAAAAAGAGACUAGGAGCUGCUAGAAGAUUCUUUUUGUAUUUGCCAUCAACAUUUGCCGUCUUUCAGGGCAAAUUAAAAGUUGAGGACAAAUUCACGUCUGGAUUUUACAUCCCAACAUUUAUUCUCAAUUUAUGUUGUACUUCCCCUCAACGUGGGGAUUCGCCUCAGGAGGACAAAGCAGUUGCAUGUCUUCUUAAGAAAAUGACUUCCAUGGAAAUGAAAAACACGUUGCAGUGCUGUUUCAUAUUUUCAUGCAAAUUUUUGUAAUUCCAAUUAAAAUCUCCACAAAUACGGUAAUCCCUCGCCACUUUGCGCUUCAAUCUGUCGUAUUUUUCCACAAAUCUAUGAAUAAAUCAUGCCGUUUGGUGUUGAAACUAUAAUGAGUCCAAAAGUAUGCAUAUUUUAUCAUAUUCUAUGUAUUUUUAAAACCUAAAUUAAGCAUGUUCAAGCAUAAAAUUCAGAAGACGCGUUCAAAGACAUUGUGAUAUGUAGGUUCGAAUUAUCGCACAAUAAUCUCUAAAAAAAACCAAACUCAACCUCGACAUCACUUCCUGUCCGCCCCUCACCGGAACACAUUUACAAGAACACACACAAGCCUAAAUCUUAUUCAUAAUGUCUUACUUUCACGUAUUAUGUCUACUAUAUUGGGUAACGUAAGUGUAAAGGUGAAUGUAGGGAUGUUAUUCAAUGUCUAGCAGGCUCUAAUGUUAAAAAUACUCAUGUUAAAUAAUGUUAAAAUACUUAUAUAAUAUAAAAUCAAGUGUUUAGAAGAACAUUUUCUAUGCUCUGAGAAACGGCUUCUCUUUGUGGAAAUUCACCUAUGACGGUCGGGUCUGGAGCCAAUUGAUAAACAAGGGAUUACUGUAUUCUAGUAAUAAGUGAGAUACAUUAUUGCCUAAAAUAUCAUGAAUUAUCAUGAAUUACAUCCACAGUGUAGAACCUGCAGAUGGAGGGGACAAUUCAACCAACGCAUCAUCAUCACAACUUCAUAAAAAAGGAUGUAGCUUUCGUGUUUACAUGUGAACUUUGACAUUUUUGUCAAUCAAUUGUCUUCUAAUGACAGAAGUUCUAGUGCCUUAAGUUGGACUUCUUGCUGUUAAUCAAUACCACCUGGAAUGUGAGCAGCCUGGUGUUCCUUCAGUCACGUUAUGAGAAGGAUUUCAUUCAAUAACUCUUCCAAACAUUGUGGUCCCCUUGAUACCGUUGAGCAAACCGCGGCGUUUGACCCCCUAGUUUCUUCUGAUGCUGCGUCAUCAGUAGCUAAAUGAGCACCUUCAAGGUCACAAAAAAAGUGACCAAGUCAAGAUGGUUCGCCACUUUCUGUGGAUUUCAUGUUAAAAUCGACUAAGUGGCGCUUCAUGUUUGAGCUUCACUUUUUGAAUAGAAGCACAUUUGAAAUCUUACAUUUAACCGUGCUUCCAUUAAACUUCCUGUACUUCCGUUCAAGGAGCUUCCUGCACAAAUGGACAAUGACUUCUUCUGCCCGUGUUGUGUUCCUCAAUCAUUCUAAUGUGUUGUAUCACUGUCAAAUAGAUGGGAUCCACCAAGAUCCACCAAUAGAUGGGAUCCACCAAGAUCCACCAAUAGAUGGGAUCCACCAAGGUCAUAAGGGUUCUCUGUCAUUCUGUAGCAAUGAAAAUAAUCAUAAAUGUACUUGUAUUGUCCAACUGGCAAUAUGAUAAUAAAUGUG